AUGGAAGAGGCACGUUACUGCCUUGGGAACGAGCGCUGCGACGUCCUUGCCCUGCCCAUCUUCAAGCAGGAAGAAUCGAGUUUGCCUCCUGAAAACGAGAACAAAAUUCUGCCUUUCCAGUACGUGCUGUGUGCCGCCACUUCCCCUGCCGUCAAGCUCCACGACGAAACGCUCACCUAUCUCAACCAAGGGCAAUCCUAUGAAAUUCGGAUGCUGGACAACAGGAAAAUUGGGGAGCUGCCAGAGAUAAAUGGGAAAUUGGUAAAGAGCAUAUUCCGGGUGGUGUUUCAUGACCGGCGGCUGCAGUACACAGAGCAUCAGCAGUUGGAGGGCUGGCGGUGGAACAGGCCUGGGGACAGGAUACUGGACAUAGAUAUCCCCAUGUCCGUGGGCAUCAUUGACCCUAGAGCAAACCCAACCCAGCUCAAUACGGUGGAGUUUCUAUGGGAUCCUUCAAAGAGAACUUCAGUGUUUAUCCAGGUUCACUGUAUCAGCACGGAGUUCACCAUGCGGAAGCACGGAGGAGAGAAGGGGGUACCCUUUCGGGUCCAGAUAGACACAUUCAAGGAGAACGAAAAUGGGGAGUACACGGAGCACCUGCACUCCGCCAGCUGCCAGAUCAAGGUCUUCAAGCCCAAAGGAGCUGAUCGGAAGCAGAAGACGGACAGGGAAAAGAUGGAGAAGCGAACACCUCAUGAGAAAGAGAAAUACCAGCCUUCCUACGAAACUACGAUACUCACAGAGUGUUCUCCCUGGCCAGAAAUAACGUACGUCAACAACGCUCCGUCCCCUGGCUUCAACAGUUCCCACAGCAGUUUUUCCAUUGGGGAAGGCAAUGGCUCUCCAAACCAUCAGCCCGAGCCACCCCCUCCAAUCGCAGAUGUAAGUCACACCUCAGAGCUUAUGCUUGUGAACCUCUUGCCCACCAGCACGCCCCAGGAGGCCCAGCAAUGGCUGCAUCGAAACCGCUUCUCCACUUUUUCUCGCCUUUUCAGAAACUUCUCAGGUGCAGACUUACUGAAGCUGACCAGAGAAGAUGUUAUCCAGAUCUGCGGCCCUGCAGAUGGCAUCAGGCUCUUCAACGCGUUAAAAGGACGGAUGGUGCGGCCCAGACUGACCAUCUACGUCUGUCAGGAGUCCCAGCAGCUGAGGGACCUCCAGCAAAAACACGAGGAUGGGGACACAGUAACCAGUACUUUUUUUGUGUACCACGCUAUUUAUCUGGAGGAACUGACGGCGGUGGAACUGACGGAAAAACUGGCCCAGCUCUUCAGCAUCUCUUCUCAACAAAUCAGUCAGAUUUACAAGCAAGGUCCGACAGGAAUACACGUGCUGAUCAGUGAUGAGAUGAUACAGAACUUCCAGGACGAAUCCUGUUUCGUUCUGGACACCAUGAAAGCUGAAACCAAUGAUAGCUACCACAUCAUCUUAAAAUAG